GCGCACGCGCAGCGCCCCAUAACGGUCGUGCAGGCGGCGGCUCCCUCGGCUUGUCGCUGAGCCGAGGCGGAGGGCGGUGCGUACAGCCGGGCCGGGGGCUGCAGGGGGCUGGAGUGAAGCAGGACGGCUGGUUUCCUGCUGUGUCAGCGCGGCCCAGAUCCAGGGCUUGCAGUAGUGGUAGCCCGGCUGUGUCUGGGCUGGUGUCUUAGUGCUGCUGUCUCAGUGCUGGUGCUGUGGAGUGCAAGGAGCGCCCUGUCAUCUGACAGCAGUGACUGUAGUUAAUCUCCAGUAUUGCACAUACUUCUUGAGACUGUUUCAUUCCCUUCUAGAUACCUAAGUUGCCUGGAGGAAUACUGUGAUAGAAAAAUUAUCUUCAUGUAAAUAGCAUGCACCUGACUGUCUGCCUGUGACUAUGGAGAAUCAGAUACUGUUUGACAUCAGAUCAGCUAUCGAUGAUGGGUUUGUGACUGAAAUAUUAAGUCAGAAUACUCCUGAUAGCUCUGAAAACUUCAGCCUGGAAACUGCAGUCAUUAAUAAUCCUGUUGAAGAAGGGAUGUGCUCUAGUCAAGGCAACCAGUUAUACGCGAUAAAUGUGGGAGAGGCUUUGUUGGAUCACUUUGAAUACCCCCUUUCUGCUGAAAAUCAGAGUGCGAUAGCUAAAGUUGAAAUAUAUCCACAAGGAAACAACAGCUGUAACGAUGAAGAUCUUGAAAAAUACAAAGGAUUGAAUAUUCCAGGAGAAGCCGAUUACAUGCAUUCACCUCAUCUGCCUACAGAUGGCGGCCACUUCCUUUCUUCUGUAGUGGCACAGCAUAAAAGCUGCAGUGUUCCAAUUUCAGGUGUUUUCUCUUCAGAAGGAGCAGUCAGUCAAAAUGUUGGAACCGUACCCGUGUUCAGAUCAUUGUUACCUCCAGCUGAAGGUGAGAAUAACUGUAUUUAUUAUGAUCAGUUUAAAGGAAUGCAAAGCAGUCCUAUGCAGUCAAACAACUUGUCUGAUUGCUUUAAUGAAUGCUCCAGUGGUGUUUAUGGCUUGCCUCAGACUGGUGCUUCUGUCUAUGAUGAAAUAACAGAAGUAAGAGAUGCAAUUAGAAAUGUUAUGGAGAAUCAUGAAGAUGGAGCGAUUUUUCAGAGUUCAAAUAUUGACGAGUCCAACUGUGAGUUAUUAGCACUGCACGGUGUGGUGGAGGAACCUGGAUAUUUACACAGAAAUGAUUCCAGCCCCCUGAUGAUCUGCCAACUGGAAGGAGGUACUCAAAUACUCUGUAUAAAGGAUUGUGGCACACAGGAUCUAAAAGCAAUUCAUCUCAUUCCACAGUAUGAAGACCAACAUAAUUAUCUUCAAUCUGAUGCAGGCAGCCCUGUAACAGCAGUGCUGGGGCAGUUUUUGCCUGUUUCGGGUGACCUGGAUUCAAACAAACAAGAGUUUGACAAUGAAUACUUACAAUCAGUAGCUAGCACUUCAACUUUCCAACCAGAAUCGAAUCUGCAAGUGAAAAUGACUUCAGGCCCACCUUUUGGUUCAGGGAUUAAAAAGUCUAAGAAACCAUGCAACUGCACAAAAUCUCAGUGUCUUAAAUUGGAACCAGCUGUAUCUAUUUCUUGGGAAGAUGUGAAAGCAACGUGUGCCUGUCUCCUGGUAAAGGCUGAAGAGGCAGAAAAAGGAGGUUACUCUGUCUGUCUAGCUGAACGCGUGGUCAUGGAGGAAUUUGGGAGGUGUUUAUCCCAGAUCCUGCAAGUGCAAUUAAAAUGUAAAAGACUGAAAGUUGAAUAAUGUUCAACGUAUUAUGAAGUCAAUGAGUAGUAAUACUGAUAUAUUGCUGUAGUCUAAAUGAUCUUACCUUGAAUUUUCAUUGAUGAUUAAUUUCAUUUACUUCAGCUGCAUCCUUUCUGAAUUAUGCUUGUGUAAGUGAAACGUGGUGUUUUCUGGGCCAAUUGUUCAUUAUUUACAUAGACUCUAGUUUAAGUUUAACUUAAAAUGACUUUCUAGAAUGUUUAGGAGUGGAGAGCCAAUAAGCACUGAGAAGGAAGUUGCUAUCUUAGUUUGGUUGGUUUUGGUUGUGAAACAAUUCAACCUCUAGUGAUGGUAGGCAAAUCUGCUAAUUUAGCCCUGUCUUCUCUGAUUUGGUAACUUAUUUCUCAUUGCUGCCAUAUUGUCAUCUAAAUGAUUUGACAGAUAAUUUAAAACAAUUAAUGCACCUUGGUUUAGAUGUUUUGUACUAGUUUAAUAUUUGCUUAGAAAUUUUUGGCUUUAAGCUUGAAAGAAUAAAGAUAUUCUCCAUG